GCCAUUGAGGGACCCACGAUCUGGAGGAAAGGGUCAGAGAGGUACUUCUACCAGCGGUGCCUGCACGUUUUUCCAGUCUUCUGCUACAACUUUGGCUUGAGCUACCGUUUUUAAUACUUGACUCAGGCUCUUGACUUAUUUGCUGUGGAUGUUUUUGGGUCGAAAACUGUCUUCAUCGUUACUACAAGGGAGCCUGUUGUUUUUCUUUUUUUUUCUUUAAAAAAAAAAGUAGAUUCUAGAAGUAACGGGCAGCAGCUAUAACGAGGCUACAGCAGGCUAGCUAACGUUAGCCAGCGACCUGGCUAGCUGCACACGAGCUGAGCAUUGCUCGGUGGUGGCGGGGGGGCGGUUUGCCUACAGUGUCAUUUGAUGGAUCCGAGGAUCGCCUGGUUCCAACCAGAACAACGUGGACCCGCUAACAACCUGUGGAUGCAGAUUUGGGAGAUGACACAGAGAAUUGGCUACUUGUACGUGAAUAACAGCUACACUACUGUAUCGAGCCCAAAAGCUAACGUUAACGGGGUGUCGGGAGCCGUCGUCGCGGAAGGAAACGAGGCACCCGAUACAAAAAGCAGCGGCAUCGGAGAAGCCAAGACUCAGGGGAUGUCGGCCCCGAUGGGGGAUGGAGAAUUGACAGUACAGGGGGACUUCAUACCACUCGAAACUAACAGCAACCACAACAGCCGAGUCGUUGGUACGGGCGGUGUCGGUGGAGGAGGGCAGCAACAGCACGGCAGCGGAGUCACGGACGGACAGCCCCCCAAAAGAAAAAGGGACAACAAAGCUAGCACUUUCGGAUUCAGUGUCAUCUUAAACGGUGACAAUAAAGAAUAUGUCGGUUACACGGGCACGCCAUGGAAAGAAAGGAACUACUCAGAGGGAAUUAUAGGGCUACAUGAGGAGAUUAUAGACUUCUAUAACUACAUCUCCCCACGGCCAGAGGAAGAGAAAAUGAGAUUGGAGGUGGUGGACAGAAUCAAGGAAGUCAUCCAUGACUUGUGGCCAAGUGCUGAGGUGGAAGUGUUUGGGAGUUUCAGCACUGGUCUUUAUCUGCCAACAAGUGACAUUGACCUGGUAGUUUUUGGGAAGUGGGAGUCACUCCCUCUCUGGACUUUAGAAGAGGCGCUCCGAAAGAAAAACGUCGCAGAUGAAAACUCCAUCAAAGUUUUGGACAAAGCCACAGUUCCCAUCAUUAAACUGACAGACUCUUACACUGAAGUUAAAGUGGACAUCAGCUUCAAUGUGACGAGUGGAGUGAAAGCUGCACGUCUCAUCAAGGAAUUCAAAGAGAAAUAUCCUGUGCUGCCUUAUCUGGUCCUGGUGCUGAAGCAGUUUCUACUGCAACGGGACCUCAAUGAGGUUUUUACCGGUGGAAUUGGCUCCUACAGUCUCUUUCUCAUGGCUGUCAGCUUUCUGCAGCUUCACUACAGGGAGGAUGUGUUUGGUCUCAACAUCAACAUUGGUGUUUUGCUCAUUGAAUUCUUUGAGCUCUAUGGGCGCAACUUCAACUACCUGAAAACAGGCAUCAGGAUAAAAGACGGCGGGUGCUACGUUGCCAAAGACGAGGUUCAGAAGAACAUGUUGGAUGGCUACAGGCCCUCCAUGCUCUACAUUGAGGACCCACUACAGCCAGACAAUGAUGUUGGCCGCAGCUCUUACGGUGCCAUGCAAGUGAAGCAGGCGUUUGACUACGCCUACGUGGUGCUCAGCCAUGCCGUGUCACCCAUCGCCAAAUUCUACCCCAACAAUGAGAGUGAGAGUAUACUUGGCCGGAUCAUCCGUGUGACUCAGGAAGUGGAUGACUACAGAGAAUGGAUCCGAAAAAAAUGGGGAAGCCCACUAAACAAAAAUGAAGUCACAUUGUUUGAAUCGCAGCAGCUUGAUGAGCGCAACAACAACGUUCCAGAUGACGACAAUGAUCCUGUGGUGGCUGUACUGUCAACUCCUCUCAGCAAAACAUCCUCCAACUCUUCUUCCCCGUCACUCCGCUCCUCUCCCUCCUCCUCCCCACUGUCGCCGUCUUCCACAUCCUCUACUUCCACCUCAAGUGAUGGGGACUCUGAUAGUACACCUUGUAAGACUGCCAAACAGCAGCCCAGCCGAGGAUCCAGUGCUCACAGAGAAAAGUCUGCUGCUGUCAGCAAUCGCAGAACACAGAGCCACACUACCAGCACUCCACCUGGAGGCAACAAGGGAGGAAAGGCCAGGAUGUCUCGUUCUCACCAAAAGAGUGGCCAUCACGGGCAGCAGACCAACUUCUCCGGUGGCAAAAGCCAUCCGAGCAACAAGCCGCACCACCACCAGGCCAGCAGCAAGAGGAGGAAAAAUGUGCGAGACUCUACACAAGAGGAUCUUUACAGAUAGGGUUAAUUUUGCUAGCAUCACCCCACAUCUCCCUUCCUUUUCUGCAACGGACUGUCACAUCUUACUUCUGCUGCCAGACUCGAGGCUUGGGAGACUACUAGUAUUGAAACAUCGUCCAGAACUCUUUCAAUCUGGCUUUUCAGGGUGACGAGCAACAUCCUCUAGCAGGGAGGAAAAACUCACAAAGAGAAUCGUAAUUGGAAAUGGACAUAAUUUCAUGGACUUGAACUGAAAUCACAAAGGGUAAACGGUCAGUUUCCAGCUUCCCAACAGCUUCUUGUAAGGAGUGGGGUUUUUCUUUCCAUAGCCAGCACCUACACAAUAUGCCUCUUGCGCCUCCUGCUGUACAGGAAUGGACAGGCCAGGUUUGUGAAUCAGCUCUGGAGCAAUACCUGGAACUGCUGGCUGGAAAAUAGGAUCAAAGGUUUUAAAGAGAAAUUAAAGUAUGCAAAUGGCUUAAAAUGUACAAAAAAAAGUU